AUGAAUCCUAAUGAGCAUAACCGCCUGAAGCGAAAAGAACUUCAUCGCGUGAAAUCCCUGCAAAAGACGCUUGAUGGGGACUCUUAUUUGGAGGAAUGCCGAAAUAUGUGUAUCCGCUCAGGGUUUUGUGAUAAUGCGGUUCGGCAUACUGUGUGGCGUCACGUUGUGCUUGGUCUAGGCAUUCUGCGGCCCGUGCCGUACGUUGAGGACGCCGUGGCCCAGCUUUCCUCUUCGCCAAUCAAUAGAAGAGAGAGUGGUAGUGGUACUGGUAGUGAUGAUGGUAGUGGUGGUAGUAGUAAUAGUGGUAGUGAUAGUAGUAAUAGUGGUAGUAUUAAUAAAAGUAGUAGCGCUAACUCCUUGAAUGAGGCAGAUGAGGAUUCACCACAGUUGAGUCGCAUAACAAGUACAGAAGAAAGUUCUACAUUGUAUCAUCGAAAUUUGCCUGAUAAUUGUCAGCCACGUGUGGUCCACGUUGAUGUGCAGCGGUCGCUGUGGAUGCUGUACCCCGAUGCAUCUAAGCGGGAUAGUAUGCGAGAAGUUUUGACCUCCAUACUUCUUCGCGUGCUCGCAAGCAACACGGAGCGAUAUUAUUACCAAGGACUACAUGAGCUCAUGGGCUUUGUUAUGUAUGUGAUGGAGGGGACUGCGGUGGAUGUGAUGCUCUCCGUGUGUGAGGGACUACUGUUGCUGCACUGGCGGUCGUUUAGCGAUAAACAACUCAGUCAAUCACAAUCCAUGUUGUAUGCUAUGCACGCCGUGAUCGCCGCCGAAGAUGCAUCUUUUGCGGCUGCAUUAGAGUCCUGUGGGGUUGCGCCCGAGUCGCACUACGCUGUUUCAUGGCUUAUAACGUGGUAUGUACACGUCUGUGAGGAUGUUGAUAUUCUCGCACGUUUGUUUGAUUUUUUCAUUGGCCAUAGUGAUGAGCAUGCGGUUAUCUUUUUCACAGCAGCACUGGUACUGCAUGAGCGAGAUCGUAUCUUGACAUGGAUUGACAGUGCACGUGAAGGGCUUGAGAAGGGCGAUGAUGAUAUUAUGGUGAUGGCACGCAUCUACACACAACUCACACGGCUUCCAAAAGAUGUUUUGAGGACUGAAAAUCGAGCUGUUGUAGAAGAAAUGAUGCGUGUUGCUAUAGGGCUCCAAAGUAAAUAUGGAUUAUACGUAUAUAAGGCACGAGAGGAUUUCUUGCAAGGCAGAGUAGCGAAACUAGGCAUGUUGACAGACAAACGAACGCGAAAUUCGGCGCUAAAAUUGUUAUGGGGUCUUCUUUUCCGUGAGUGGCGUAAACCGUGGAGAAGUCGAAAUAUUAAGACUCCAUUAGUGGCUACUGUGUUAAUUGUUGUUGUUGCUGUGACGAUACGUAGUCUGACCGCUUCUUCCAUGGUUCGAUUUUGGCAAACUGGAUAUCCAUCACUAACAUAA